AUGUCAGCUUCUUUACUGGGCCUCCCGCAGGAGGUGUUGAGGCAGAUUCUUGACCUGCUACCCAGCGUUGAUCUAUCUACUCUCUCUCUCAUCUGCCGAGCGAUGCACGUGCUGGCAGAAAGCCUCCUCUACUCCAACUUCGAAUGGACAUGGACAUUCGCCGUACCGCCAAAGACCCCGGUCGAGGAAGGCCCGACUUCUUCUAAGACCCCGCGCAUUAUGGGGUUCACACGGACCUGUCUCGAGAAACCGCAAGUUGCCUCUAUGGUGAACGAAGUCGUCUUGGGAGGGGAUAGCUUGAGUCGUAUAUCGCACUAUUACCGAGGCGAACCGCCCGCUUUGCCCAGCCCUGAGGACACCCUCCAGAACCUGUCGCUGGCCGCUGUUGACAAUAUGGACAUGCCACAAGGUGAUAGAGACUUGUGGCGCAACGCGCUGGCGCAAGGGAAAGUGGACGCGUGGGUUGCUCUGCUUUUGUCGCAACUACCAAACCUCCGGCGCCUUAGUCUGGACGAGAACUUUGUUAGAGACUCCUGUUUCACCGGCUUGCUCUUUCGCUGGGCUCUCUGCGGAUCAAAAGGCAAACCUCGACCUCUCCAAAACCUGGCCGGUGUCAAUUUCAAGCUCGCACUUGACAUGCGCGCCCGCAAGACAUCUCGAAACACGGCAGACAUGCUGUCGCUCUUCUAUCUACCAGCAGCGGAGAACAUCUCUGUCUCCAUCGACAACCCGCCCGCUGGAUUCGCAUGGCCAGCGGAACAUCCUCCCAGCCCAUCAAAUCUCAGAUCCUUGGAGCUGACAAUGCUACGUGAGGGCCAUCUUGGCCAGAUUCUGUCCACCACGACAGGACUCACGCGUCUGAAAUGGAGCUGGUUCUAUUGCGCGGGCAUUCGGGAUCGGUUCGUAACGGACGUUAUCAACCUGGACAACAUCGCUGCAGAUCUGUCUCGUGUUCGAGCGACACUCACAGACUUGGCAAUUACCGCCGUGGCAAGCAUGAGCAGUGGUGACAUCGACUAUCCUCCUGUCACAGUCCAGGGUUCUUUCGAGGCACUUGCCAAGUUUGAGGCCCUCAAGCGGUUAGAAGCCCCGCUGCCAUUCUUGAUGGCAAGCAUGUCACCGGACGGUGCUCGAGAGCUUGGCAGCUCUUUGCCUAGGAAUCUGGAGGAGCUUACCAUCACAGACGACUUGUAUCUGCAGGAGAAUUACGGGUGGGGCGAAGACGAGUUCCCGGCGGCAAUCCGGGCGUGGAUGGAGGACUGGAAAAGAUUCACGCCCCGCAUUCGAAAGUUUCACUUGCUUCUGAGAUUGAUGGACUACGACGAUUGGGGCCCAGAGGCACGACAGGAGUUGAGAGAUCUGGGUGCGCGAGUGGGAGUCUCGGUGGAGAUUACCAAGUUGGCCGGGGAUAUGUAG